UUAUACUCGACCAAAUAAGGUGCAUGAGGUGUCCUUGGAUAGCCUUUGAAGUCUAGUUUCUUAUUUGAGUGGUCUCUGUUCAAGAAGGGAGAGUUUAUCCCACAAAACCCGAGCUGGAGUGAACUGCUGUCUGUAAACUCGAGCAGUGAGAGUGCUGAAGCUGUUUGGAUGAUAUCUAGAGUUACACAAAUCCAAUUAGGGCGAGUAAGAUACCAAAAGAAAUCUCUCAAGACUAGGAAUCCGUGAAGGUCUGGUUUGCAUCAAUCGGAGUAGUGGAAGGAUUCCAAAUCGUCCGAGCAAAACGCAACCUCGCAGAAACGGAUCUACACUUCUAAAGUUAGAUACUAACCUAGAGCAAAUCUUGGAAAACUAGGAAACGAGUUAACCGGAAAACACCCAUUCUAGGGGCUGUUUUUGUAUCGACGAUUAGGGGUUGAACUAGCACUUUGAGGAGGCUGUUUAACACUCAUUUAUAAGCAAGGAAUCAGUUCUCAAGCUCCCUUGGCCGAGGCUUUGGUCAUUGGAUCGAGAAGGAAAGUUUUAAAGCUCAUUUGAGGUUGAGGCUAGAGCUUGCAUCCUGUGCUCGUUGAUCGAGUGAUCCCUCGGAGAGAAGACUUGGUUCGUGCUUCCUCCAUUCUAUUUGAAACAUUAAUAAAUUUGCUCAUGGAUAUUUUACUAUAGAGCCUGCGUGCUCAUGAAUAGCCCUGUGUGGCUCUUUUGUUUUAAACAAUGUUUCCGCUGCGUUAUGAAUUACUUAUUAUGUUUGUUUAUGAAUGUUAUGUGUGUGAAUGAUAUUCAAGACGCCUUGUAUAAUAUGAAUGCGUUGGACUGUGGUUGACUAUUCGUACUGUACGGCGGGUUGUUGACGUGUCCGGGGAGGUCCGGGGCGUGACAAUAUACUCCAUCACUCGUUUGCUAGUUCAAUCACUCAGCCUGGUUUCUUCUCAUCAACGACUAUGGCUCCAAUCUCCGGCGCGAUUGGCACUCCGAUUAUGCGGCCGAGAAGCUCUGCCUUAUUCACCGACUUCCCUCCUCCUCCGGUGUUCUCUGGUGCCGAGCCAUAUUCCCUUUUCUAGUCACUCCCCCCGCGAUUUCCAUGGGAGCCGGCACGAGUUCAGUCUCCUGGAAUGACUCCACCACCUCCGGUCGCCUCCUCCUUCUCAGGCUCAUCCUUCUCUGGCUCUCCAGGCAUACUUUGACCCCCAGAUCAGACCGGUUUUUGUUCCCCGAUGGCAUCUCUCGCUCAAUCUGUGUCCCAUAUUACCACUGUUUCACAGAUAGUCACCAUCAAAUUAAAAGCCGUGGAAGACUACCUCACUUGGCGUACUCAGUUUGAAUCCUUCUUGGUCUCUCAAAGAUUGUUUGGCAUUGUUGACGGAUCUAUUCAGGUACCCCCAAUGUAUACUGUUGAUCUUGAUAAUCGUCCAGUUCCCAAUUCCGAGUACUAUUAUUGGUUACGUGUAGAUCAAACAAUUCGUUGUUGGCUAUUUGCUACAUUAACUCGAGAUGUUUUAGUUGAUGUUCAUGACUUAAAACAUUCUGCUGCUAUCUGGGCUAGACUUCAACCUAGAUUCAUGUCUGCCAGUUUACCCCGGUGCAUGGAACUUAAACGAUUAUUGUCAACAAUUAAGAAGAAAGAAACUCAGUCUAUGGAACUUUAUUUGAGAGAUAUCAAGAAUUUAGUGGAUCCCCUUGCUGCAAUUAACUCCCCUGUUUCGGAUAAAGAGCUUCUCCAAUCUAUUUUGGCUGGCUUGGGACCGGAAUAUCGAUCCCUAGUCACAACUGUCUCUUUAUUUACGGACCAAUUUCCCUUUGAUAUUUUGCAACACUGACUUCUUGAAGAAGAACAACGUGUUCUUUAUG